AUGAACAACUCCAAAUACGCGCCCAAAACCCCCGCGGAAAAACUGGCCGAAUCCCACAGCACACGGCUCAAAAAAGACAAAGACCGCAUAACCCGGCUCCUGACGCGACUCCAAUGGAAAGCCGAACUCGUCAUGCUCUCGUACCUACGCACCCUGGACCUGCUCCGGACGCCCAAAACCACCAGCACAUUCGCACCGUCCAUGUUCCAACUCGACUUCUUCGAAUUCUACACGCUGCUCGAACGCUACCUGGUCUCUCUACUCUCGCUCUUCCACAUCUCCAUCUCGUCCUCGCUUCCCCAGCAAAACUUCAACUACCUGCGGUACGAAACGAAUCCAGGGCUGCGCCGCACACGGCCAAUGGCGGAUCAUGCGUUCCAUGCUAAUCUGCUCGAGGCGCUGGAUGAUCCGGACGGUCCGUUUAAGAAGUGUCUGGGGGAAGGGGAGGUGAGGGUGCAGCUGGGUAGGGCGAAGGAGUGUAGGAAUAUGUGGAAGGAUGCGGAUUGUAAAGGAGGCGGGGAGGCGGGGAGGCUGGGGCUGCAGGAGUUGGGGAUUGAGGUUAUGUUGAGGGGGAUUUUGGCCGGGUGUGAGGAGGCGAGGGGCGUGGCGAUGGGGUAUCAGGGGGGCGAGGGGGAUGGGGCGGGUGCGACGAGUCGGGAGUUUUUUGAAAGAACGUAUGAGGGCGAGGGCAUGGAGGUGGAGGAAUUUCCGUAUGAAUAUAUGGAUGAUGCGAUGGAUUUGGAUUAG